CUUUCGACGACUCUGCAAGCUUGUGCACAAACUCGAGCGUGUUGAAAGUCUUCACUCGAAACGCGUGUGCGUCGGUCUACUGCAUUCUACAUGCUAUUUUUCAGGUCGCCGAAAUUAUAUCUGUGAAUGUGAUGAAGAAACGAUCCCGAAAAUAAAUGCUACAGAGGCCACGAAAAAUCGGAUCCCCACUACAGAUGCGCAUCGCUGUCGGUUUCUUGAUCUACUUAAGAUCCAAUCUGCAUCGCUCCUUUAUCAGUCUCGGUUUAUUGUUCCGAAUUAAACAAGCAUGUUGUUUGUAUUUCGCCCACGGAUGUUGAGGAUCAACCUGGUUUCGACUAUUCGAAGAUGGCUGCAAAGGACUUCUGGGUCUGGAAGAGUUCAUGUAGUUUGUCAUGCUUGUCUGGCAUGACUCUUAAAUCUGUCACGCACGUUACCCAAGAGCUCCGCUUUUCUGUGAUGCAGAGCCGCAGUUUGUCAUGCAGAAUAGGCAACACCUAGGAGCUCAGAAACUUGUCAUGCUGAGCCACUAUUUGUAGCCUCAUGAUGAGACGCCACCCAGCAUCACAAGUUUCCAGACCCAGACAUUUUUACUUUUGAUAUGGAUUUUUUGCCACCUAAAUGGAAACGAUCCACCGGGGCCGCGGCCGGACGUUCAUCGCAACAACAUGCACUCAUUGCUUACAGCAUGACCUUCCUGCAUGGCAGAGC